UCUAAUGGAGCUUUCUUACCAGACUCUCAAACUCACGCACCAGGCGCGGGAGGCGUACGAGAUGAGAACAGAAGCACGGCGCAAAAAUCUUCUCAUUUUGAUUUUGCAUUACUUAACACAAGAAGGCUAUAUGGAUGCGGCUAAUGCCCUGGAGGAGGAGACGAAACUGGGACUGCGGCGCUUUGAAGUUUGUGACAACGUUGACCUGGAAACUAUUUUGAUGGAAUAUGAGAGCUACUAUUUCGUAAAGUUCCAGAAGUACCCCAAGGUGGUCAAGAAGGCAUCAGACCAAGUAGAAAAUAAUAUAUCUUCAAGAAGUGGAGGGAAGAACAAAAGGUUGACGAAUGACAAUUGUCAAAAUCUCCCCAAGAUACAUCACCAGAAGUCACGACCCAAAACUUCAGCAGUGAAGACGGGAGACACCAAGUCUGUCAAGGAACACCCCAAACAGGACAGUGUCACUAAUGCUCAAGCAGAGAGCUCUGACUUUGGCCUAAACAUAUCAAAAAUCCACAAAGACAGCCCAGAGGAAAAGGCCCACCCACGAAGGGGCCAAAUCAUUGACUUCCGAGGACUGCUCACAGACGCUAUCAAAGGAGCCACUAGUGAAUAUGCCUUGAACACCUUUGAAUGUAACCCAGACCCUUCAGAGCGAUUGCUGAAACCUCUGAGUGCAUUUAUUGGCAUGAACAGUGAGAUGCGAGAACUGGCAGCAGUGGUGAGCCGGGACAUUUAUCUCCACAAUCCCAACAUAAAGUGGAAUGACAUUAUUGGACUGGACGCAGCCAAGCAGCUAGUCAAAGAAGCCGUUGUGUACCCAAUAAGGUACCCGCAGCUAUUCACAGGAAUUCUUUCCCCGUGGAAAGGACUGCUGCUUUACGGCCCCCCAGGCACAGGGAAGACUUUACUGGCCAAAGCUGUGGCCACUGAAUGCAAAACGACCUUCUUUAACAUUUCCGCGUCCACCAUUGUCAGCAAAUGGAGAGGAGAUUCGGAAAAACUGGUCCGGGUGCUAUUUGAACUUGCUCGAUAUCACGCCCCCUCCACGAUCUUCCUGGACGAGCUGGAGUCAGUGAUGAGUCAGAGAGGCAUGGUUCCUGGGGGAGAGCACGAGGGGAGCCUCCGGAUGAAGACGGAGUUGCUGGUGCAGAUGGAUGGCUUAGCGCGCUCGGAGGACCUCGUGUUUGUCUUAGCAGCCUCGAACCUGCCAUGGGAACUGGACUGUGCUAUGUUACGGCGCCUGGAGAAGAGGAUUUUGGUUGAUCUCCCCAGCCAAGAGGCCAGACAGGCCAUGAUCUACCACUGGCUGCCCCCUGUGAGCAAGAACCAUGCCCUGGAGCUGCACACACAGCUGGAGUACAGCGUGCUGAGCCAGGAAACAGAGGGCUACUCAGGCUCCGACAUUAAGCUAGUCUGCAGGGAGGCAGCCAUGCGGCCUGUGCGAAAGAUCUUCAAUGUGCUUGAGAACCACCAGUCAGAGAGCAGCAAUUUACUUGGGAUCCAGCUGGAUACUGUGACCACGGAGGACUUUUUGGACGUGUUGGCUCACACAAAGCCUUCAGCAAAGAAUCUGACUGAGAGAUACUUGGCCUGGCAAGAGAAGUUUGAGUCUGUGUAAAGCUGUGCCCAGCCUGACCUGGCCAGAGGCAGCCAAGAGCCUCCUCAGCGUGACUGGGAUGGAAGGGAGGAAAUUAUCCUUGAAAGCUGGACUAAUUUGGACAACUGUGUUACUUUGGAAACAUGAGCUCUUGUGUCAUGGAUGUCAGAAAAGUAGAGAUUUCAGUUGUGCGUGUGUGCUGUUGGGUCAGGCAAUAGAAGUU